AUGGAGAUCCUGGGAUGCCCAGUCAUCAGGAUCCCCCUCUCGGCUUUGCUGGCAGUCUCCAAUGGAAAGGACAAGCCGAUACGGUUGGUGCCAGCACAGCUGCAGGAGUUGCCGGAUGUUUCCAUUCAAAAAGCUAUCCGAGUUUUGGCAACUCUUUGUGCUCUGGGUCUACUUGGAGGUAUUACAAUAAGUGUGUGGUUUGUAGUCAAACUACUCUUAAAGCCUACCUCAAAUAGUCCUACAGGGUUAGAGGACACCAAGGAAACUUCAUUCUGUAACAUAUCAGAUGACAGCAGUGUGACUGACCCCAGGAAAGAGGUUUUGACUGAAAAGGGCUCAGUGUUUUACAGAAUCAGUGCUGAAAACUCUUUGCUAGAGAUCCAGCUGGAGAAACUGCAAACGUGGUUGCCCGUGUGUUACGAGCGCUGGAACGCUUCAUUAGGCACACUUGUGUGUCGACAGCUGGGUCUUCUGAGAUUAACCAAACACAAAGGUGUGAAUGUGACGGACAUUGGCAAAAGCUACACAGAUGGAUUUGUUCAAAUCACCUCAGAACAUCAAAGCAAAUUGGAACAUUUAUGGCAAUUCAGGGGAAGCUGCAGCACAGGGAAGAUUAUAGCUUUGAAAUGUUUUGAUUGUGGCAUCAGGGCAAAGGUACCCAAGAUAAUUGGUGGUCUAGAAGCCACACUAGGCAGAUGGCCAUGGCAAGUGAGUCUCUACUACAGCAAUCAUCACACCUGUGGAGGAACCAUCAUAACAAGCGAGUGGAUCAUUACAGCAGCUCACUGUGUGUCCACCUACAGGCUGCAUCAGGUUUCCAGUUGGGUGGUCUACGCUGGGAUUGUUACACAUAAUGUAGAUAAGUUGGCUCAGUAUAUGGGCUACACUGUGGAAAAAAUAAUCUACAAUGAGCAUUACAAUCACAGGAGUCAUGACAGUGAUAUUGCACUGAUGAAGUUGAGGAAUCCUUUGAAUUUUUCAGAUACCAUCAGGCCAGUAUGCCUACCACAGUAUGACUAUGAACUUCCAGGAGGAACACUGUGUUGGAUUACUGGUUGGGGAGUUACACAGCCUGACACUGUUCAUAUUCCUGACUCACUGAAAGAAGCUCAAGUGCCUUUGAUAAGCACAAAGAUAUGCAAUAGCUCUUGUAUGUAUAAUGGAGAGAUAACACCACGGAUGCUCUGUGCUGGCCACACACAGGGUAAUGUUGAUGCCUGUCAGGGAGACAGUGGAGGCCCACUGGUUUGCCAGGAUGAUAAUGUUUGGAGGCUGGUUGGAGUUAUUAGUUGGGGAACAGGCUGUGCAGAGCCUAAUCACCCUGGUGUAUACACCAAAGUGGCUGAGUUUUUAGGCUGGAUUUAUGAGAUAAUAGAGACUUACUAA